AUGGACGUUAUCAACUCAACCUGGGUCUUCCCCGGUCCUUGCGACGAAGUUCUACCCGAAAUGCGCGGUAAUACAAUGGAUCGAGCACCAGGAUUGCUACUGGGUGCAAUCUCCUUGUAUUUAUUUUGCAAAUAUACCAAGCGAGUCUACUUCCACCCAUUGAGUGGAAUCCCAGGACCCACACUUGCAGCGGCGACCCAUCUGUACGAGGCCUACCAUAACAUCAUCGGCGAGGGCCUUUUCAAGAAGUAUAUCCCGAUGCACAAGAGAUAUACGCGUGGUUCAGACUCCCCAGUUGUUCGCAUUGGUACCAACCAUGUUCAUAUCGGCGAUCCAAACUACUACCAUACGAUUUACAACACAGGAAUGGACUACCACAAAGACCACGAGCUUUACAAGGGGCUUGGAGUCGACGGCUCGAUUCUUACCAUCACUGAUCCUGCGGAACACAAGCAAUAUCGUAGCAUUGUCAGCCCACUAUUUUCAAAGCAGGCCGCCGAUAACGAAGGGCCUACCCUGUCGUUGGUGCUCGACAAGGCAAUGGAGUCGGUAGCGCGCCAGGGAAGGGAAAACAGGCCAACAGUCAUCCAGCGGGUUUACCGUGCCAUUGCGGCCGAUAUGGCAUCGCAUCUUUUGUUCGGCAGGUCGCUGGGGCUGAUUGAAUCAUCUCCAGACGCUGACCAUUACCACUCUUUCAUGCGCAGUAUCGAUCGGUUCACCGCUAUCACUUGGCCGAGGCUGUACUAUCCUGUCAUCAAUUGGAUUAUCGACUCGUUCCCCACUUUUGUGGUUGACAAGCUCCAGCCAGGGCUGCGAUCAUUGCAGGAGCUUUUUGAGGGGUGGUUGAAUGAGACCAUCGCAGCCCAUGACUUGGGAAAGCCCAUCGAGGGCCGGAGUACUUAUUUCGAUCUCAUGGUGACGGCUAGACGCAAACGUGGAGAAGAUCUCCGUCCCGAGCAGCUCUUUGAUGACCUCCUGAACUACAUCAUAGCCGGCAUGGAGGCCACUAGCUAUGUGCUCUCUUUUGGUACUUACGCCUUGCUGCGCAACCCUCGUGUCAAGGCCAAGCUGGAAGCCGAGCUAGUUGAGGCACAGCCCUUUAUCAGAGAUUUAGAUCAUCGAAAGAUCAUGGCUUUGCCCUACCUAACGGCAGUUGUGAAGGAAUGCCUCCGCCUAAGUAAUACGGUGCCAGGCUUCCUGCCCCGCCGAGUUCCCAAGAACGGUGUGGAUAUUGGAGGCUACCAUAUCCCCGGAGGAACAAGAAUAUCCAUGGUGCAUCCCGUGGUGGAGUUGAACGAAGAAAUCUUCCCCAGCCCCAAUGAGUUUCUUCCAGAGCGAUGGAUGGGAAGCGACAGCCAGGAUCUGGAGAAAUGGAACGUCGCAUUCAGUAGAGGACGCCGCCAGUGCAUUGCAAAAAAUCUUGCAUACCUAAUGCUCUAUUCCAUCCUUGCUGUGCAGUUUUCACGCUUUGACAUGGAGCUUUUUGAGACUACUCCGAAGGAUAUGGAGAUUGUUGAUCAGUUUGCGCCGAUCCUCAAGGGCGUGGUCAAGAUAAAGGUCAACAAGGACCGGUGGGCAGCCUCGAAUCCCUCGGGUGUUGCGUAA